AUGGAGCUGACAAGGGACGAGGAGGCCGCCCUGCGUGGCGAGCACGGCAGCUCCAUGGAGACGGCGUACCGGAUUCUUGUCGCCACAGGCGAAGCAGCGGAUGCCGAGAGGCUGGUCAAGAUCGAGUGGGCCCACCUGUCGGGCGUAAACUACAACACCAUUGGAGAUGCCGGGGAGCGGUUUCUUGCCGAGUUCAGCAGGACUGCGCGCGUAAAGGUGAGGACGUCGCUGAACCCCAUGGGAUACGAUGCCGACAGCGUGUCAGGCUACGGCCUAGACGAGGAUUUCAUCCGGGGGCAGGAGAGCAUCAGGAGGUCAUACGAGCGGAUGGGUGUCAUGCCCACGUUCUCGUGCAUCCCGUACGAGAUCCUCAAGCUGCCCGGGGCCGGGACGCAGGUGUCCUUUGCCGAGAGCAAUGCGGCCAUAUACGCCAACUCGGUUGCCGGUCUGCGCACAAACAAGGAGAGCGCGUUCUCGGCGCUGGCCAGCGCCAUAACUGGGCAAGAGCCCCUACUCGUCGCUCAGAAGGGACAGCGAGCCUGA